AUGCAGCCCUGCUACUUCCAGCCGUGUGCUCAGCCGGGUGGCGCUCCCGUGGCGUGCUUCCAGGGGCCUAACGGGUGGCUGUGGUGCCGAGCGAAGCUGCCUCCCGCUGCAGACAGCCAGCAAGCUGCAGGUACUCCUCCCCUGCCGCCCUUCGUGUACUCACCGCCUCCACCGGCGGUGUCCGGGCGGUUGGUGCCGCACCCGAGCUACCUCUGCCGCCCGCCGCCGCCGCGCCUGACCCCGCCUCCCGCCCCGCUGGUGAUGCCCCUGCCGCCCGCCAGAGGCCGCGAGCCGGCCAGCCCGCCCUGCGCGUGCGAGGCGCAGCUGCAGCGGCUGCAGGGCGACCUCAGCUCGCUGCAGGGGCAGCUGCAGGCCAUGCGCGUCUCCGGCGCCUCGGACAGGGGCCCCGCUCUCCCCGCCCCGCCGGCAGCAGUGCCCGCCCCGCCGGCAGCAGUCCCCCCCGCGCCUAUGCACAUCACCGUCAGGACCGGGGCAGGCCACAGGACAACCAGGAGGAAGAAGGCGCCCAGCGACGUAACAGACACCCAGAGCACGCCUCCACCCAACCAACGUCCUGCCUCUGACUACCACGUGCUCGUGGGCCAGUGCAGCCAAGCUCCCCCCAAAGCCCGCCGCAGAAUCACGAGGGCCAGGGCCGGGCCCUUAGACGCCAGCGAGCUAGUGGCGCGCACCGCUGGCACUGGUCAGGCGCGGUGGCACGUACCGGUGUGA